AGGGGGAAGCACAGUGAGUCCUCGGGCUGAUCUUAGUUUCCAAGGCUUUCCAUAAUAGCCAUCAAUGAAAGCAUCUCCUUUCACCCACGCAGAGACAGAAUUUCAGGGAUUUCUGUUAUGAUGUCUCUUGUAAAAUAACUAUUGGGUUAAAGUUUGCUCUUUAAGUGAAUGUGCGAAGAAUUCACAUAUGUUCUGGAUGUACUGGAAUUAAAAGGAUUUGGGAGAUCAUGGUGUGCAGACUCUGAUAAAUAGGAUUUACCAGUCCCUGGAUGAAAUGCUUGGGAACUCUUUAAAUGCCAUAAUCAGCUGCCAUUUCAAGGAACAGAAAAUAAAUGGUUUUGGAAAGUUCAUGCUGCUGCUUCAUUGAAUUUUAGAAUGAUUGAAGAUAGUGGGAAAAGAGGAAAUACCAUGGCAGAAAGAAGACAGCUGUUUGCAGAGAUGAGGGCUCAAGAUCUGGAUCGUAUCCGACUUUCCACCUACAGAACAGCAUGCAAGCUUAGGUUUGUUCAGAAGAAAUGCAAUUUGCACCUGGUGGACAUUUGGAACGUCAUAGAAGCAUUGCGGGAAAAUGCUCUGAACAACCUGGACCCAAACAUAGAACUCAAUGUGGCCCGCUUGGAGGCUGUGCUCUCCACCAUUUUUUACCAGCUCAACAAACGGAUGCCAACCACUCACCAAAUCCACGUGGAGCAGUCCAUCAGCCUUCUGCUUAAUUUCCUGCUUGCAGCCUUUGAUCCGGAAGGCCAUGGUAAAAUUUCAGUAUUUGCUGUCAAAAUGGCUUUGGCCACGUUAUGUGGAGGGAAGAUCAUGGACAAAUUAAGAUAUAUUUUCUCAAUGAUUUCUGACUCCAAUGGGGUGAUGGUUUAUGGACGAUACGACCAGUUCCUGCAGGAAGUUCUUAAACUACCCACGGCAGUUUUUGAAGGUCCUUCAUUUGGUUACACAGAACAGUCAGCCAGAUCCUGCUUCUCUCAACAGAAAAAAGUCACAUUAAAUGCUUUCUUGGAUACACUCAUGUCGGAUCCCCCUCCCCAGUGUCUGGUCUGGCUGCCUCUUCUACAUCGACUGGCAAAUGUAGAAAAUGUCUUCCAUCCGGUUGAGUGUUCCUACUGCCACAGUGAGAGUAUGAUGGGAUUUCGCUACCGAUGCCAACAGUGUCACAAUUACCAGCUCUGUCAGGACUGCUUCUGGAGGGGACACGCCGGGGGUUCCCAUAGCAACCAGCACCAAAUGAAAGAGUACACAUCAUGGAAAUCACCUGCUAAGAAGCUAACUAAUGCGUUAAGUAAGUCUCUGAGCUGUGCUUCCAGCCAUGAGCCUUUGCACCCCAUGUUCCCUGACCAGCCUGAGAAGCCUCUCAACUUGGCUCACAUCGUUGAUACUUGGCCUCCCAGACCUGUAACCAGCAUGAAUGACACCCUGUUCUCCCACUCUGUCCCCUCCUCAGGAAGUCCUUUUAUUACCAGGAGGUUACCUGAGGGGAUAAGUGCAUCCAGCCCUGUGGCUGACGAGCAUUCCCUCAUAAAGCUGUAUGUAAAUCAGCUUGACCUCCGCGCACGCUCUGCUCCCAAGGACAGUGAAGUAGAGCAGAACAAACUGCUGGCUAGGGCUGCUCCGGCUUUUCUGAAGGGCAAAGGGAUACAGUACAGCCUCAAUGUGGCAGACAGGCUAGCUGAUGAACAUGUUCUCAUCGGCUUGUAUGUCAACAUGCUCCGGAACAACCCAUCAUGCAUGCUUGAUAGUUCAAGCCGGCUUGAUGAGGAACACAGGCUCAUCGCCAGGUACGCGGCGAGGCUGGCAGCAGAGUCCUCCUCGUCUCAGCCAAGUCAGCAGAGAAGUGCUCCUGACAUCUCCUUCACCAUUGAUGCAAAUAAGCAACAAAGGCAGUUGAUUGCAGAACUAGAAAACAAGAACAGAGAAAUCUUACAGGAGAUCCAGAGGCUACGGCUUGAACAUGAACAAGCUUCUCAGCCCACUCCAGAGAAGGCUCAACAAAACCCCACUCUGCUGGCAGAACUCCGGCUCCUCAGACAACGCAAGGAUGAGCUGGAACAGAGAAUGUCUGCUCUCCAGGAGAGCCGGAGAGAGCUAAUGGUCCAGUUAGAAGGUCUCAUGAAGCUACUAAAGACCCAGGGCGCAGGUUCUCCGCGCUCCUCUCCCAGUCACACCAUCAGCAGGCCGAUCCCCAUGCCCGUCCGCUCCGCCUCAGCCUGCUCCACCCCGACGCACGCGCCUCAGGACUCGCUCACAGGGGUAGGGGGAGACGUACAGGAGGCUUUUGCACAGAGCUCCAGAAGAAAUUUAAGGAAUGACUUACUAGUGGCAGCAGAUUCCAUCACUAAUACCAUGUCCUCUCUUGUGAAAGAGCUAAAUUCUGAGGUGGGGAGUGAAACAGAAAGUAAUGUGGAUUCCGAGUUUGCUCGGACUCAGUUUGAGGACCUGGUUCCAUCACCAACCUCUGAAAAAGCUUUUCUGGCUCAAAUCCAUGCCCGAAAACCCGGGUACGUCCACGCUGGAGCCACCGCAAGCACUGUUCACGGUGACAUGGUUACAGAAGAUGGGGACCCCUACGUGUGUCCUGAGGAUGAGAACUAUGAAAAUGACUCUGUGCGGCAGCUGGAGAACGAGCUCAAAAUGGAGGAAUUCCUGAAGCAGAAGCUGCAGGAUGAAGCCUACCAGGUCAGCUUGCAAGGUUGAAUGCAAUGUCCUUUAUCACUCUCCUCUCAAGCAAGCUAUAGUCAGACAGAUGAUGAAAGUAACAUGAAAAGUGAUGAUGAUGAUGAUGGAAAGUACUGCACCCAUACAGAGGAGGAAGACAGCAGCCUGGCAACAUCCUCGCUGAAGACAGCAACCACCACAUGCAGCAGCUCCCAACGUAUCCCCACCCCCAAAGAUGUAUUCUGCUGACUGUAGUGCAGCUAACUUUUUGUUCUAAGAUUUGUAGUUCAUAGGUGUGUUUUGAAAAGGAAAAAAAAAUAAUAAUAAGACUUUUUUGUUUAAAACUAACUUAUCAGCUGUAUCUUCUGUAACAUGGUUCACCCCGGUAAAGAACACAGGCUGAAACCCUGUGCUGCUGUUACACAGGAUGGCAGUAUUAACAAGCAUUUUAAGCCUUUGCACAUGAUCUUGAACCUGUUCAGUUUACAAUGACAAUAUUAAUACUGUUUAUAGCUAGAAGUUUGAUUUCUGGAUUCUUUGAGAUUUUAGUAAAACAGUUUAUUAUACACUGUACAUUGUUUUUUCCACAGCAAUUGGAAAAAAACAACCACUUGCAAUUAUCCACUAACCCUGAAGGAUUUAGUUCCUGAGUGUACAGACUCAGAGCCCAGAAGCCAAGAAGUCUUCUUGGCUUGCAUGGUCUGCAGUUGCCUGCAAGUCUCUCUGAGCAGUGACUUGAACCAAACACAUCAGGAUAAUCCAUUCUUUGGGGCUUCUUUCCAACUGGGGGUUGUUUUCUUUCAAGAUAAUCUAACAAAUCAGCCAUAGAGCCAUAGAAUUUAGUGUAAAUAUUUUUUUCCAAAUAGGUAUCAUAUUCAAAAAAGGCAGCAUUCAAAUUAUAUAGAAUCUAGUUUUUAAAUCAGCACAGAUCUUCUUAAAACUGUGAACUAUGUUUUGAAAUACUCGUUACUAAAGCUGUUUAUAAACCACAGGUGCCAUAAGAUCCCCAAAUGGACUAAAGUUCUCUCUGCUCUUCCAUGGUCUUGUUUCCUCUCAUUUUAGCUUUAGGGAGCAUGUCUUUAACAGCACCGCCCGUUCACAAGUUCUCCCUAUCAGGUUGUUUGGAGGCCUUCAGCUUUAAAUUUACAGGCUUAAAGUGCGCUUGCAAAUGUUCGCUCUCCUUUUAUUUCUGAAUGUUUAUUGCCUUAGUGGGCCACCUGGUGUUCUGCAUGCCGCCUUCUGUGGUCACAUGAGAGGAGACAGGCUCUUCUAGGUUGAGUUGGGAUUUUAUACUAGGUGAAAAGCUGAUGUGCAAAAGAACUGGCCAAGGACGGAGGACAAAACACUCUGUAGAUGGUCCUUUUUGAGGGCCCUCUUUAGUGAGAUCUGAAGAUCUCCCUUAGGGAUUCUGGGGAAAAGACAAAAGUAAUCUUCCACUUGCUUCAAGAUUUGAUGAAUGUCAUAUUUACAUUAGGAGCUUCUCUGGAAUUCCUGUCUCUUGUUGGAAAGAAAGAAGAGAACAUCAUUUUAGAAUAGUGAUUGGUUCUCAAAAUGUGGUCCCUGGAUCAGGAGUAUUGGUACUACCUGGGAAAUUUUCAGAUGCAGAUUUUUAGCUUCCACACCAGGCCUCCUCCAUCAGAAAUUCUUGUAACAAGCCCUCUAGCUGAUUCUACUUCACGGUAAAGUUUAAGAACCACUACUUUAGAAUAAAUAGUUGUAUAAAAAAAUCUCUUAAAAGGCCUUAUUCAGAAUAAGCAAGAAAGGUUCUAAGCCAUCCUCAAAGCUUCAGUGAUUAGAUUUUGCUUCUGAGGUGGGCAAAAACUUUCUCCUGCCCCCACAUACCUUAGUCCUUAGUUGGAGGGUGCCUUGGCCAGCGUGUUCAAGCUCCCUCUCCAGGGGGAGCUAUGAUGUCUGUGACUCUUUAUUUGGUUGGAAACCAUCUCCAUGGCUGCCUUUUGGAACAAAUUGCUUGCCUUGGAGAUACAAAAGCGCUUGGUGGGCAUUAGUGAGGAGCUCAUUCUGUCCCUUGAUGGACUUAAUCAUACUUCCCUCCAGAGACCCAGCCUGACAAAUGUCCCUGAAUGCAGCCUGACACCAAAGUGGCAAAACUGCACAGUUCUCAGAUUUCUUUGCACAGAUGAAUUUUUUUUGCAGGUUUUGUUAAUGUGUCUUAAUGUUCAUCUCUUUUCCACCAUCCAUCCUCUGUGAACCCAUACCUCUCUAGAUGGAGCAGGUGGCCACCAGUGCCUCAUACUCAAUACUUAAAACCACUACAUCCCAGCUACUUACAUUGCUGUCAGCUCUAAAUCAUAGUCAGGUGGUUCCUGAACUCAGAAAUCAGACCCUGCAAAUGGCAUUCAGCCACUGACUGGACUGAGAUGACAUAGGUUGUCACUUUGUAUUUCUACAUCAAAAGGUUUGUUUAAGGGUUGGACCAUUUUGCUGAUAACCUUCCCCCCGUCAUAGCUUUUCUUGCCAACUCCCAUCACACGACUAUUGAUAUCAUUGUACAAAGCCAUCACAAGGACUCUGGAAACAUCUACAAUGACCAAUUUCUGACUAACCAGCCACCUUUUCUUUCUCUUAGCUCCACGUCAGCACUGAGACCAGAUUCAAGCACCCCUGUCCUGUAACCGAGACAAAAUGGCAUGUGUUGUUUUGGGUUUUUGUGGUUUUGGGUGGGUUUCUUUCCUUGGCUCUCCAGUUUUACUUUUGGGGCCUGUUCUAAGUGCAAACCCAGCAGGUUUCACCUGUCCAUUAGAUACAACUGCAUCUUCCAGCAGUUGUUUCUUGCUUGUUCCACAUUGAGUUGCACAUCCAUCUCCAUCAGUGUUGAUGGUCUGUUAAUAAGCACUGGUCUAACACAGCCGACCCUCCCUCAAAGCACUGUGUAAUGGCAGGGAAUAGGCUGAAAUCUACUGUAUGGGAUUCAGGAAUCUGUUGUGGUUGGUCUGGGUGGAAGUUGGGGUAAGUUUGGUUGAGGGAGAUGUGCGGGAGAAUGUGAAGAAUGAGUUCUCGAAUGACAUACUAUAAGGCAGGGAAGGUUCAUUUGUAAGUGGUAAUGUGAACUGAAUUGCAUUAAGAGUGUGGCCUUUGUUGUGAUAUACUGUGUAUUUUCUUAUAUGCAUGAGCCAAACUGUUGCAUCCUAAUUUAGCAUUGAUGUCUGCUUUUAUUUUGAUCAUCUAUGUCCUCCCUUAUUAGUUCUUGGCUGUUAACUGUAGAUAGACCUUGUAAAUACGGCAACCUUUGGUUGCUGCAAUCAUCUUGGUUCAAUUCCACGCAAGGAGCCACAAAAAAGAACUCCAGUGUGUCCUCAGAAGAAAGGGCAUUUUUACUUUUGAACCAAAAAGAGAAAAAAAAAAAAAAGCACUACAUCUUGAGGCUAAUUAACUGUAAGAAAUUUUUAAUUAUGACUACUGUAAUUUGCCACCAUUUGAAAUAACCAAUUCAGAGACACUAAAGAGUUCAUGAUAUUCCUUGGUAUUGUAACAAAACUACUAUCGUAUGGGGUUUUUGUAUUGCUGUUAAGUAUUGUUUUGUGUGUGUGUGUGCGUUGGAACCUACUGGGGACAUGUUAUAUUUUGAAGUGAUUAAACUAUUUAACUGUGUGUCUGUAUUUUGGAAUGGAAUUAUUUCUUCAUUAAAAAAUGUUUUUUAAAACA